AUGGCUAUAGCCGCUCGUCGUGUUAAUAACGAAAUAACAAAUUUAUGUGCCACUUCCAACCCAUCAAUUCUGCGCAAAACGUCCAAAGAAGAUCUCGCUAAAUUUUCGUGGGAGAAUAUUCAUAAAGAAUUGAAAGAAAGAGCGCCGAUGUUCAUGCGCUUUAUUGAAGCUUCUGUCCAGAACCCUUCCCAGGCAAAAAAUGUAAACAAAAAGGACGAUAACCUCAUACCACCUAUGUGUGACGCUGCUUCUCAACUGAUCUCCAUUUUUAGCGAAGGAAUGUGUGCUACCAGAAGAAUAAAGGGCGUAAUUCUUAAGAAGAACGGGCUGAAGAAAAUCGGUUUCCAAAGAUUGGCUCGAUUAUACGCGUGUAUGGGGUAUAAGUCAACUAACAAAAUGUUCGAAACUUUUGCCAAAGAUUUUGACAUCAAAUUAUUGACAUGGAAAGAACAGGUAGAGAAAGAUGUGAAAAAAGAAAGGGAAAUUUUGUCAAAGUCGAGUAAGCUGGAUCCGAAUGCUGAAGAAGAGAUUAUUUCGGAAGCCAAUAAGCUUCAAAAACACCGAGAGAAUAUGCAUCCGUCGUACUCAUUCGCAGGAGAUAAUGUGGACUUUAUUAUAAAGCCCAGACAAAUGAUGAAAUCUAAACAGAACAAAGACUUCCAUAUGUUUCAGAACGUUGCAUACGAAAACAGGAUUUCACCUAACAAUUUAAGCGAUGAUCAGCCCAUUGUCGAUGUAGACAAAAUAUCAUGGUUAACCUUUCUUCCAAGUGCAAUGGAACAAACAAGUUUAGCUGAAGAAAUCACUGUUAUGGUAUGUCAACUAUGGGCGAAGUACAUUCCUGCUUUGAGUUGGUUCAAUGAUAAUGUUCCUACACACAUUCCUCACAAGCACAUGGAAGAUGUUAAGAAGAAGACAAACAAGGUAAAUGAUAGUAAUUCAUAGGCAUUUCUGAUUAACGCAUUGCUGAGAAUAUAAAUAAUGGUUACAUUAUUUAUAUUCUUUAAAGGUGAUCUACAGUCCGUAUGUAAACAAAGCCUUUGUUUACAUUUUUGCGUCCAAAAUAUUGAGCUUUAUUCGACAACUAUUUAUAUUUUCAAGCUUCUAGAGUAUAAUAAAUGAUCAAGAAACAACAAUCAGGCUUUGCAAGAACCCAAAACAUAGUUAAACUGUUUGUAUCAUAAAAGUGGGCUCCUUUGUGCACAUGCGCAGAUUGGACUGUAGAUCACCUUUAAAAAAAUUGCCCUGCAUUUUGAGACUUGUCCCAGGAAUGCAAAAAUGCAGGCCAUAUAUAUACCGCUCCAACCCAAAUAAGAAAUUGCUUACAACAGCACUGGGGUACAAGGCAUAUUUUAAUGAUUUAGCAGUGGGGGGCCAUAACUGAAGCCAAGCACCGAAAGCACAAGCCUUGCAUGGGGUUCCGGGGGGAUCCUUCCCCGCGAAAUUUUGAAAUCUGGAGUCUCUGAAAUUGCCAUUUCAUGCAUUUUUGGGAGGCGAUUUUAAAUAAUUCUGAAUACUAAAAAAGUGAAUGUUUUAUUUCAAUAAAAAUUUUAUUAACUUAUACAUAUGAUAUAGCAUCUAAGUCAAUUCCAUUUUGUGGACAUUACAAUCAGAGACAGAGGCCAAAAAUUAAAAUAAUAAUUUGCAUUACUUCGUGUAUAUAUUAAAAUAUAGUCAUUUUGUGUUUUUAAUUAAAACUUAAUUUCAAACCAUAAAAGUCAUAAAAGCAUUAAUAUUUCAUCAAAUACAUACAAAGUCAUACCAUUCACACUGUAACGAUCCAAUGUAUGAUUGUCUGAGGUAACAGUUUAAAUGCAAUAAUAUGUUAAAAGGGCCCAGGGAGUGGGGGCAAUUUUGUGUGAGUUGCCCGGCCAAAUUGCCCCCCCCCCAGUAUAUAUGUUAAAAUAUGCCUUCCUCGGGUAUAUACAACUAUUUUAAUACAUUUGUUUGCAACAGGUACAUUUAGGUGUUCUUCAAUUCGGAAACACGAGCAAUACGAGGAAGAUAUGAUAGACAUAUUGGAGUGGAUUCACAAAUAUGUUCCAGGCCAUUCAGAUAAGGAUGAUCAACCUGGUACUUUAGUAAAAGUAUUAAAUGGCGGUGAUUACCUUACUCAUGAGCAGAACAAAUCAGCACAAUCAGCAAUGCAAGAUGGAAGAACACCAUCUGCAAAACUACUUGGUCUAGUAAGCAAGUUUGAAGAUUUCCACACUCAAUGCGAAUGGUUAAAGGUACAGUAUAAAUAUUAACCAUUAGCUCGCAAUAGCCCAAACACCCAUAUUUUAGCAUUUUACUCUGUCUAACACCAGACAAUGUUACCCACUUGUUGAAGAGUGUUAACAGUGCCUCUUGUUAAACCAUUAUCUUUAAAUGAGCCCAAAUGUUCACAUUUAGCACCUUUGCUUUGUCUAUUACCAGACAAAUUAACUUCAGCAGAAGAGUAAUGCAAGUAUAUAAUUAGAAAUAAUUUUAAUCUUUGUCAUAUGUAGUCUUUAUGAGGAGCAACUUAUACUAGUGAUCAGGAUUUUGCCAUUAUUUUUAGAUAUUGCCCAUCAUAACCAAAUGAGAAAUUCUUUCCACUUAGUAAUCAGAUGAAAAGUGUUGCUACAUCUGUACAUCUUAAUCAUUAGAGUAAGAUGUACAGCUGUAGCAAUUAACACUUUUCAUUUGAUUACUAAGAUCAUGCAGUAAUUACUGGAAACAAUUUCUCAUUGGUUAUGAUUGGCAAUAUCUAAAAAUAAUGGCAGAAUCCUGAUCACUAGUAUAAGUUGCUCCUCAUAAAGACUUUAAGCUACAUAUGACAAAGAUUAAAAUUAUUUCUACACACACCCACAUCAGCCACCAUAUAAAUGAGAGUUGUCUUAAAUGCUGUUGGAACUACUCCAGCUAUCACUACGAUUUAUUUAUUGUGGAAUGGGUAUUGGUAGGAUGUGAUAUAAGCCUAAAUGCUUCAAAAUGUUCAUCCAACGGAACAAUUCUCCCAAUCUGUCUGUCCAAUGGACAUGAAAGGCAGCCUCAGCCUAGACAUAGGCCUUUACUCGACUUUGGCAUUAGCAGGUGGCAGCUGCUAUGGCAUUAGGCUAAUGACAUUACAGGGUAGAAAUGGAAGGCUUUUGUCUAGGCUGAGGCAGCCUUUAAAUCCAGUGCUAGGUUAUGCAUCAAAGCCACAAACAACCUCGUACCCAGGCUCUUUCCUGAGGAAAGAGCCUGGGUACGAGGUUGAGCCAUGAAGUAUUUUUCUGAAAGGACGUAAACUUUAAUCUGACCAUUCUUAGAAGUGUAUGAUAAAAAUGCUGGUGAAAGCUGUGUACAUUAUUUAUUGAAUUUUAAUCACAAGUAUUCAAUGGUUAAAAGUACUGUUUCUUAUUUUAAAGGUCAUAUGGCUGCAUUUAUAUAGUGUAUCAUCUGUAAGAGAUCCUGGAACUCUUUAUCAUGCAAGAAAUUUAAUCUGUGCAAGAAAUGUAACAAAGGAUCCUUCCAAGAAUUAUUAUGCAGCAAGUGAGUUCUUAGAUAAGUUUGGUGAUGCCUAUUUGGUUGCUGGUGCUCUUGAUCAUUUGGAAUGA